GUGCAAAUGUAGCUCAAUAACCAGAGAGAGAGAGACAGAUACAGAGAGAGAGAGAUGCAGAAAGAAAGAGAAAGAGAGAGAGAUGCAGAGAGAUACAGAGAGAGAUGCAGAGAGAAAGAGAGAGAGAGACAUGCAGAGAGAGAGAUACAGAGAGAUAGAGAGAGAUGCAGAGUGAGAUAGAGAUACACAGAGGGAGAUACAGAGAGAGAGAUGCAAAGAGAGAGAUACAGAGAUAAAAGAGAUAGAGAUGCAGAGAGAGAGAUACACAGGGGAGAUACAGAGAAAGAGAGAUACAGAGAGAGAGAUGCAAAGAGAGAGAUACAGAGAGCGAGAGAUACAGCGACAUACAGAGAGAGCGCGCUCGAGCUCUGAACCAGGAUUUUACCCACAGCGUCACGCUUAACGCGCGCGCGCGCGCCACUAGUAAGGGGAGGGGGAGGCGUGGGGAAUCGCGAGCUCGGCGGCUCGAGCGCUGCGCGCGCAGCUCGACUGUCACACGGCUCCGUGCUCCUUCUUCAUUUCGGUGGCGUCGGGGGAAGAGAUAAAGAGGCGAGCGCUCGCAUGUCAGCUCUUCUGUGGGAAGAAAAAAAAAUACGACUCGUGUAUUUACCGUCCAGUCGCGCUUGGUUUCGGAAUAACGACACCCUAAACGUCGACGAUUUCAUGGGUCUGCGGGGAGAAAACGGAGCGAGCGGUGACGGAAAAAUCCAGAAAUAAUGCGUGAUUAAACGCCAGCUGAGGCUUGACAUCUCCCUCUUCUUCAUUCGCGUCGAGUUUAUUCGAAGGGUUGGUUCCCAGAAUGCUCUCUGAAAUAUGAAAAAAAUUGGUAUGACGUUUUAGGCCUACAGUACCUGAAGGAGGCUGAAAUCAAAAAAGAGGUGAUGGAGCACCCGUACAAGGACUCGGUCCCAGUAGACAUGGCAAAUCCUCAGGAAGUCUGCAACAGCACUGUGGGUGGGGUUGACAGCAUUGGCAAACUUGAGAGCGAGACCAGUCCAGUAAUCCCCAAUGAGACAUGGAAUGUCAGUUCUCCUACCAUCUCCAAGAGGUCUGUCUCUCCUCUGUUGACGAUUCAGGCAGCUCCUGUUGUUGCUCCCAAUACAGAAUCUACUGGAGGGGUUGCUCUUAAGGUUGCAACCACAGUUCUUCAGCCCAUCUGCUUGGGCGAGAGUCCAGUUGUGCUACCCAUCUUAGCAGGCACAGCAGCUGCUCAAGUUGGGCAGACUGGUACUACGCCAUACCUAAUGACCAGCCAAGGUCCCCUGUCACUACCACUGGUUUUAGAGCAGCAGGUGCUGCAGCACCUGAACCCACAGCUCCUCCAGCAGACUGCCACUUGCCCAGCGCUCUCACUACAGAACAACAUGCUGUGCCAGAACCCUUCAGUCGCUCUUGGACCUCCCCCGUCUCUGGACCCGAAAGGUGGUAGUCCAGUCCUGGAUGCAAGUCUGCUUACCCUUCUCCAGAACCCAAAUUUUGCUGCCAUCUUGCAGGAUCUUUUUCCUGGCCAAGGUAAUACCUCUCCUACAUGUCAUCCAGCAACUUCCCCACAGGCAGACCCUUUCUCAUCUGCCUUUCUCCCCCCUCCACCACUUUCACACCCAUAUAGCUCUCCACUUGCCCCACUAGUGCCUCCAGCCACUUUGCUUGUCCCUUAUCCAGUUGUCAUUCCCCUGCCGGUUCCACUUCCAAUCCCAAUUCCCAUUCCAGUCCCAGUCUCAACUUGUAAGGACACCAAGUUUGACAGUGAACUCUCUAAACCUGCUUGCACUUCAAGUAAGAGCACUCAGACUUCCACUCAUGAUUUCUACCCUACUGUGAUGAUGCCAAGCAAGGACAUGGCAUUCCAACAACCACCUCUUCAGUCGAGUUCUUCCCUAGUGGUGACAGAUGGGGAGGUGCUAGACUUGUCCGUCAAGGCCCCUCAGUCUCAACCACUGCAUAGUUGCAGUUCACAGGAGAUCCAGGCUUUUCAGCAAGACAGUGUACUUGAUCUGUCUGUAUCCAGUGAUAGAAAGACAUGCAUCCAGUCAUGUAGUGUCUAUGGGCCACCACCACCUGACCGAGAGAGAGCCUGCAUCUCUGGAGGGGAUGUCUGUAAUGGAGCGUUGGCUCUGGGGGUCUUGCGACCAGUAGAUUGCACUCCCAAACUGGACUCCAAACUGCUCAGUGGUUUAGCGUCUCUGGAGUUUAGUCGGCAGCACAAGUGGGUGGUGGACAGUGGCAGCAGUGGUUCAGUCACCAGUUCAGUACACAAUGCUGCUCUUGGAAAUAGUGGCAACAUUGAAAUUGUUAGCACUUCACAGACAGCCAAGGUCAUUGUAUCUGUGAAGGAUGCUAUGCCUGCAAUCUUUUGUGGCAAGCUCAAAGGUCUGUCAGGCGUCUCCACAAAGAAUUUCUCUAUUAAGUGUGACGCCAGUCAAGGGGGUUAUGCUGCCCUGCCUAGAUCCCAAGGAGAGCAGCGAGGAGACCCCAGUGACGCACUUAAAAAAAUCCCCAAAAACCGAGCGAUUAAACUGAAGAAGGUCAGCUCCCAGGAGAUCCACAUUCUACCUUUAAAGAAGCAGCGUCUGGCUGCAUUUCUGCCCAGGAAAUAGCAAGGACUCUGGUGUUGAUGGUGUUAGCUAGGGGAUGCCUGUGGGAUGGAGACAGAUUGAAUGAAAUACAGUGCAUACAAAAGCUUGAAGGAAGGAAGGAGGACAUAGAGAUCGAGAAACUGGGAGAGAAGGAGAGCAAGGAAGGAAUUAGGGUUUGUUGAUGCUAAAGGCAUUCCUGGCAGAAACAAGACUUAGACACUCUAAACUGUCCAGAAAUAUUUAGGGCAAUGCUGGCUGCCUCUGGUUUGCCUGGUCGGCAUUUGAUCCAUUCAUUAUAAAGCGAUCAGAGAGAUUGUUUAAGUGGCUGAGUCCACAAGAAAUAGAAUAUACAAGGAGCUGAAAAUGAAAGACUGCAACACUACUGAACAAAUCCCUGACAUUUCCACAUUUAAUUUCCCCCAGAACUGCUCCUCUGCAAUGCAUUUUGAUUUCGGUCACACAUCUCCAUGAAUUAUUCAUGACUUCUCUAAUCUAAAUGUCCAUUAAUAUGCAUAAGCCCAGUUCAGAGAUUGUGCCAGCUGCCAGAAUGAAAUCAGUCCUGUAUUCCUCAUACAAACACGAUGUGAUGAAUUUAAAUUUGUCUCCGUUUGUUUGGCUCAUACCAAAUGCUGUUUGCUGUAAGUUCUUGUGCAGGACUUUCCCCAGGUUUUGUUUCCAAAAUGAACUUUGUGUGAACAGAUUUGUAGUGUUUGCUUGGGGUAGUGUGUGACCUCCAUGCUUUGCCCCGUUAACCGGUAAUCGCUGUAUUAAUCAGUGGAUCAGCUAAGCGGAACAUCCACUUUCAAGGGUGGGGGGUGGGGGGGGGAUUGGGGGGGCGGUAGGGCUAGCAGUUAGCACAGUGGGCUAAUAAUAACUUGCCAAAGCAAAAGGUCUCUGUUUCAUUAACUUUGAUGAUCGGCAGAAACGGUUGUCAGUGGCAACAAAGCAUAAUUUUCAUCCUUCUUUCCGGGGGGAGGGUGAGCGGGAGGGAAAACCACCCUGCCCACCUAUCUCAGUUAGAACGAAAUAAUCACCAGAGGCUUGCGUAUAGCACAGUUAAUGCAAUUUAAAGGAGUUAUUAAUGAUCUUUCUGUGGGUUUUGCUUUUUAAAUUUUUUUUAGAGAGAUAGAUUUUAUGAGCCCUCUGAACUGCAGACCUGCAUUCAUAAUUUCAGGCUUAACUGGUAUUAUCUACUAGUGUUUGUUAUUGCAACAUGUCCGCUUCUAAAAUUGGGUGAGGUAGUUAUUACACCACUAGCUUUUAGUUUUGCUAUACUAAACCCCUAUAAAAUAACAACCAAUAAAUCAAGUUGUUUGUGUUUCAUAUUGCGCUCCCCCCACAUUCCCUGCACAAGCUUUCUGCAUCCGGCAUUGUGUGUUUGUGUGUGUGUGUGUGUGUGUGUGUAACAACUUGAAGCUACUCUCUCACAGUUUAGUGAUUGAAAGAGGACAAUUUAAUGUGAUUUGUUUUCCCCCUCUCAGGUCUCAUUUAGUUUGGUCUAUCAGUGUCAGUUGUAUUUUUGUUUUGUUUUGUUAUUUUUCUCAUAAACAGUGACGUUCUUACUCUAUUGCUCAUGUUUGUGAUUCUGAUAUCAGUUCAGUCCCUUUUCUAGUCCUCUGUUUUUAUGCGAUUACAUUAGGGGUGUAACGAAAUUACCAUAUCUAAUCCAAUCUGUUUAGUGCUCCAAAUAUAUGUAUUAGAUAGACACCCCCCCCCCCCCCCCCUCCAGAGUUGGUGUGUCUGACUCUGACUGUUCCUUGACCUCAGCUACAUUACUCCAUUUCAUAAUUGGUCUGACUAUCCUAAACAGGUAGACACAUCACACAGCAUCGCACGGUCGUGUUAACAAACGUGGCCUUUCUAGCAAGCGUUUAGAACACAUUUAGAACACAUUAUCUGUUCAGUUCAAACAAUGUAUUCAAAUCCCUAAUUUACAUAUGCAUAUGCCAUAGGUUACGUGUUGUACUGAUAGAGCCCCGGGUAUCAGUACUUUUAUUGGAAUUGUGUGUGUGUGUGUGUGUGUGUGUGUGUGUGUGUGGUGAUGAGGAGGGCUUUGCUGCUCUGAAAUUCACUGUGUUAAUUCACCCUUAGUGGCUAAUCUACAGAACAUUCACCUCAUGUGUGUUUCCCAGUCCACACUGCACCACACAACUGAGUGUUUUUAUUUCCUGCUCCAACACACACCUUUAACCUCUCAAAGGGCUUGAUUAUGAGACGAUGUGUCGAUACAGCUGUGUGAGAUCAGGGAAACCUUAAACUAAAGGAGCAGAAUUGGGAAACCCUGCCUUAAUAUAAGCAUGUUUAUGUAACAUUAUUGUGGUGAAGGCAUGAAGGAUAUAAGAAUGAAGCAGUCAGAAAUGAGAUGAAGGAAAAAGCACCCUCAAAAAAAAGAAGGGGGGAUGAAAAUCCCACAAAACAGUAUCAAUGAAGUGUCUCUUUUCCACUACGCUGUGGUAGCUUAAAAGGCUUAGCAGACCUUUUGGUCUGUGCCGCUCAGAUUCUCACACACAACACUAAUUUAGUCAAAGCCACAGAAACGCCCAAUGAGCCGAAAAACUACCAACUAGACAUGACAUCAAAAAGCUGACUUUGAAGCUCAGCAAAGCAAUUUUCUCAAACUCGACUCACAAUCUGUAAUUCAGUAUUGUAAAUGAACGGCUCUCUUUACGUAAAGUUAUACGUCAGUUUCUUGAACGCAGCACGAGGUAAUUAUGCCUCGUAGUUUUUUUAUUCCCGCACGGCGAAGGGGAGGAUCACUAGACCUGCAUGCCUUCGGGCGUGUUUAGAGUGCCAGAGUGCGUUUAUUCAUAAAGCAGCUCAGAGCCGAAUCACUUAUCCACGGCCUGCUUUUACGACGCGUAUAGGGAAGAAAUCCGGAAAAGGAAUCAAAAGAUUAUAAUAAAGAUGUUUAUUAUAAUGUCGAUCUGAAAUAUAAUGUUCUCUCAUCUGCAAAUAUGACUUUAUUUAAAGACUAAUCCUAGCACAAAAAUUAGCUGAAAAUUUCCAGUAGAGACAUUAAAACAAUUAUUUAACAGUUAUGUGAUUCCUUGUCUGAUCAGACACAGUGAUUAUAUAUAUGUAUGUAUCAUAUAAAAAUACGCAUCUUUUUGGAGUUUAUCAAAUUGAAUUUCUGCCAAAACUCAUCAGCAUUAAGUAGCUGUAGAUCCGUAACGUGUUAGCAGUGCGCACCGACGUCGUUUUCGGAGAGAAACACGCAACCAUUGCACAAAUACUGAAUCCUUUGUGUGUGUGUGUGUGUGUGUGUGUGUGUGUGUGUGUGUGUGUGUGUGUGUGUGUGGGGGGAAAACCUGACUUUAUGAUGUGAACCAAUUCACACACACGUCCUUCCUACUCAAAAGUCUGAGUCUGUACACGACACUUUGUGGGAGUUGAUAUUCUGGGAGUAUUCUGUGGGAGUUUUUUAUUUUAUUUUAUUUUAUUUUUUAAAACAUGUUUUGUAAAUAAUGGAGCAAUGUGUUAAGGACUAAAUGAAAAAUAAUAAAAAAGAGAAGAUGGC